AUGAGCAAAGUGCUGGCGUGGGGCGACGCGCUCUUUGUCGUGCGCUGCGAACGCGGAGAGCUCGCGAUCCAGCGCGUGUGCGUCAGCGCAGAAGACAAGAAGGUCUCGCUACGUCCGUGCGACGUCAAGUGCGACGCCGCGCUGCCUCUGGACGCUCGUCUGGUCGCUGCCAACGAAGUCGAAGAUCUUGAACUUGCAGUGCGCUGUGCUGUGCUGGUGUUCCUAUCGUCCCAAAAAGACUAUCGAGCGACAAACGACUCGAGAGCUUCGAGUCCGUCGGCUGCUCUUCACUCACGUCGACGACCGAUGACAAAGGCGCAAGACGCACUUGCGCCCAGUGCUAUUGCUGACGCUGAGAUGCCGCUGAAAAAGUGGCUGACUGUCUGUGUUCUGGACGAGACUGGGGAGAAGGACGAGAUGCGCUGUGUGCGGCUCUUGCACGCGGAAACAAGUUCUCUAGUCGUUGACUGCGGCGAUGCUACAACGGAAGGAAAAGAAGACGAAGUGCUGCAGGUUUUUCUGGUUGAUGGACCACACGCGCUGCUUUUCGAACGUCGUUCGCAGCGAGCGACAGUGUUACAACUGUCAAAAGCAGCGCUAGGAAGCAACUUGUUUGGCUUGCGCAGAUGGAAUAUUGAUCUCGAUGCGGUGCACGGCACCCCAGGCGACGCUCGGGCAGCUGUCGAUGUUGUGUCGUGUACAUAUGUGUCCGAAGUGCAUAGUGUUCGACCGCAUAUGCUCAUUCAUAUGCAAGAGCUGCUGUCAAGUUGUUCCCCUACUGGCGAACGCCACGCUUGGAUCGUUGUGGACAUGGAUCGAGACGAUGGCGAGUGUGCCAGUCGGAUAAAAGAAUUGUCAAUGUGCCACUACCUACCUACAUUUCCCUCGAUUGCAGAGUGCAUCGGAUCAGUGUCAAAGCCUGAGCAAAUAUCGUGUUGCUGUUUCGUUUCCAAGUUGAGUGGUUGGAAUUUCGUCGAAGCAGCCUCUUACGAUACUGAUGCAUUCACUUGGGAUCAGGGAUCAAGAAAUCGGUCGAUCGCGACGGACGUAUGUGUGCCGACGCUAGUGAUCACUGGUACAACGAGUAAUACGAUUUAUGUCCACGAAAAUGGAAUUUUGCUCGCCUCCUACGUGCUGCCUUCUCGACCGGCUGAAAUGUGGCCCUUAGGUGGAGAUAACGUCGAGCAGCACCAUGUACUCUGUGUGCGCUGUGACGACGAAACUCGUUCGUUCUACAUGCUUGAGCUUCGCAGCAAAUUGCACGAGGCGUCCAUCAAGCUACUACUAUCGUUCAAGCAUGUAGGUUUCGUGCGCGUCAGCAGUUUUACGAGUGCAUCAGUAUUGCCCCAAGUCCUUCUACUGAACGAUGUCAAAAAGCGUUCUGACUUGAGCGAAGUGGGCGCCGACGAAUCUUUGGACCACAAUCAGCUUGUAAAGCGCAGUGUCCUUGUUUCGCAGACAACAUCACCAUCAGGUUAUAUGCUAUCCUGUUGUCGACUAAGACUACGUGAAGAAGAGAAAGCCAGGCGCGACGUACGCUCUCGUAAACGGUCUCACAACAACGAGAUCAUCAGUCAUGCUGAUGUCGAGGCAGAACCAUUCUGCUACAUCGAGCGCACCCAAAAGGCCUCGUCUCGUGACAGAAGCCUGAAGAACUUUAAGUCUGCAAUUGAUGGCGCAUCUCGUGGAUCAACUGCUUCGCAUGCGCAGCUCGGCAAACUCGCGAGCUCUCUCUCUGCGCGCUUGGUCAAUGGGUUACAGGAGAUGAAACGAUUGCAAACCAUUGUAAGCGAUAAGGUCUCGCUGGUCCGCCGACUCAAUCAGCUUCUUGUACAGCUGUGGCUACAGCUACAAGGCGGGUAUCCGAGCACAGAACGUUCACUCUUGAUGCCACAUGUUUCAGCCCGAAAGGAUGAUAGUCGCCGCCCAGUUUGUGUGGAAAUGGAAACGAUUGUAAGCGGGACUACUGUCCCCCGAGCUGGUAUGAAAGUCGAACCGAUCAAGCAUGAUCUAGGGUCGGCAUCGGGAGACCUGAAGCUGGAGCAGCAAGUAUCAUUGGAGCAGUUUGACGUGCUUGAAUACGUGCCGUCGUCGUCACUUUUUCACGCUGAAGUUGUCGUGAAGAACCUAUCUGACAUUGCGCUGUACGAUAGUUUUGUUGUGAUGACCGCGCCGAAUGGGCGAAACGUGCGUGCACGAGGCGGCUGGUGCUCUAGCUCAGUGGUACCUGUGCUGCGCCUGAAAGAACGUGAAGCCCGAUAUCAGCUGCAGUUUCAGCUUGCAUCAGCACACCUUCGGGAGCGGAAACCAUUCGAUCUAGUGCUAUGGUUGCAUUGGAGAGCCUCGCCUGACGAUCGUGUCUCUAGCACGACUCCAGCCUGGCAUCCAAGUGAGUCAACAUCAGCCAUUGCGUCAGUCAGCAUCGAUCUAGAUGGCCUGUUUGGCAUCGGUGGCGAGUUAAUGAAUACAAUACGAAUCAACUGCUUUUCAUCUCAUCCGGAUCCAAUCUGGAAGCAUGGUUUGGACGGCCGAGUUCAGGUGUACUACUCACUUCCGUUGGUUCUGUCGUCCGGCCAACUUGUGCCCUAG